UUUAUGAUUUUAUAAGUAUUUAUUUUGUUAACUAAAUUAUUCACUUCAUUUGUGUAACUUGUUUCAAUUAAAAAAAGUAUUUGAAUUUACGACAGAACACCAAAUUCAAGCCAAUAUAAAUGCCUUUCGUCGAAAGAUUCGUACAAAUUCGUAAUUUUGUUAUGAACGUUUGUCUCGUCGAGGCCAUACAAUUCGUCCAGGAUCUAACCAAUGCUAUUUGUUUGGACUUUCAAGGCCUCUUCAAUCUCAAAUAGAGCUGGCGAACUGGUUCGCUCACCUCAUCAUUCGCAGUGUUGCUCAAAGGCAACAGACCCACACACACACACGUACACGAACAUACACACACUAGCUCACUCAAAGUCAAGCACACCUACACACAGGAAAAUACAUUUCUACACACUCCUACACACGUAUACGAAACCCCUACAGACGGACAGCCAUUACACGACCUUUUGCUUGGUUUGAAAAACUAAACGACCAUUCGAUAAACAAAUUGAACAAGUUGAUAA